UUCUCGUCACCACCUGAGAUUCUGCCAACAAUGAUUGUAUCAUCAGCAAAUUUAUAGAUGGUGUUUAAGCUAUGACUAGCCACAUAGUCAUGUGUAAAUAGGGAGUAGAGCACUGGGCUAAGCACACACCCCUGCGGUGCGCUAGUGUUGAUCGUCAGCGAGGAGGAUAUGUUAUCACCAAUCCACACAGAUUGUGGUCUUCCAGUUAGGAAGUCGAGGAUCCAAUUGCAUAGGGAGGUUCAGAGGCCCAGGUUCUGCAACUUCUCAACCAGGAUUGUGGGAAUGAUGGUAUUAAAUGUUGAGCUACAGUCCAUGAACAGCAUCCUGCCGUAGGUUUUGUGUUGUCCAGGCGGUCCAAAGCCAUGUGGAGAGCCAUUGAGAUUGCGUCAGCUGUUGAUCUAUUGCGGCGGUAGGCAUAUUGUAAUGGGUCCAGGUCUUGCUGAGGCAGGAGUUCAGUCUAGUCAUGACCAACCUCUCAAAGCAUUUCAUCACUGUCGAUAUGAGUGCUGCUGGACGAUAGUCAUUAAGGCAGCCCACAUUCUUCUUCUUAGGCACUGGUAUAAUUGUUGCCUUUUUGAAGCAAGUGGGAACUUCUGCCUGUAGCAGUGAGAGGUUGAAAAUGUCCUUGAAUACUCCCACUAGUUGGUUGGCACAGGAUUUCAGAACCUUACCAGGUACUCCAUUGGGACCUUCUGCCUUGGGAGGGUUCACUCUCUUUAGACAGGCUAACAUCAGCCUCUGAGAUAGCGAUCACAGGGUUAUCAGGUGCAGCAGGGAUCUUCACAGCUGUAGUUGUGUUCUUCCUUUCAAAGCGUGCAUAGAAGGCAUUGAGUUCAUCUGGUAGUGAAGCAUUGCUGCCAUUCAUGCUAUUGGGUUUCGCUUUGUAGGAAGUAAUGUCUUGCAGACUUUGCCGUGCAUCCAAUGUCGUCUUCAAUCUCGUUCGAAAUUGUCUCUUGAAUAGGUUAGGACUUUAUUCCUUGGAACAUAGAAGAUUGAAAAGAAGUUUGAUAGAGGUAUACAAAAUUAUGAGGGGUAUAGAUAGGUAAAUGCAGGCGGGCUUUUUACACUAAGGUUGGGUGUGACUACAACUAAAGCUCAUGGGUUAAGAGUGAAAGGUGAAAAGCUUAAGGGAAUGAAGGGAAACUUCUUCACUCAGAGGGUUGUGAGAAUGUGGAAUAAACUGCCAGCAUAAGUGUCGCAUGUGAGGUCUACUUCAACAUUUAAGAAAAGUUUGGAUAGGUACAUGGAUAGUAGCAGUAUGGAGAGAUAUGGUUCCAGUGCAGGUUGAUGGGAGUGUGCAGCUUAAAUGGUUUGACACAGAAUAGAUGGGCCAAGGGCCUGUUUCUGCACUGUACUUUUCUAUGACUCUAGUAUUGUUCAUUGGUUGAUGGACCAUUCAGAAAUUGGAUGGAGGAGGGGAAAAAGUCAGUUCCUGAAUCAGAUAAUGGGGGUCUUCAGGCUCCUCUACUGCCUCCCUGACAGUAGUAACAACAAGAGGGCAUAUUCUGGAUGCAGAAGAGGUGGAGGGGUGGGGAGAUCCAUGAAAAGUAGGGGAUGUGGAAUUGAGGAAACAAUCAAAUGCUCAGCUAUGAUUUUUUAAAACAGCAUAGCAAAGUUAAGGAGCUGAGUGGCCUACUCGCCUCUUAAUUCAUAUGUUCAUGUGAAAAUUAUUGAUUUGGAAUGUUAACUCUGCUUCCCUUUCCAAAAUCGUCGCUUGACCUGCUAACUAUUAACCGGCAUUUCAGAUUUCCAACAACCACAAUAAUCCUUUGGUUUUUUCAAAGUAGCAGCAGAGACUCACUGGGCUGAAAGGUCACUUUCUAUACGUUUCGUAUUGCAUUUUAUCACACGUCACCUGUCACUGUUAAGCAAAAACUGUUAAUCCUGACGAAAAUUCUUCGAUCUGAAACGUUUCCUUUUUCUACAGAAGCCGUCUGAGUGUUUCUAGCAUUAUUUCAGACUUAUACCAUCUGCAGUUUUCAUUUUCCUUGUAAUUCCUCUAAGCAGCUCCACGGGAGAUUAUUAUCACUCUUGCUUUUAAAUGUCAUGACAUUUAUUAACGUCAGCCUUGCCAUUUGAUAUUGGUAGAGCUCCCCUCCUGCCUGCUUGUUGUUGUGCAGACCUGGAGGAUUUUGCCCUCUGCUCAUCUGGAUGAUGGCCAAACAAACCCACUUUGCACAUAGGGCUUGACAGUCAAGGCAGAUACCGGCGGAGUAAGCGUCAGCAUAGCCGAGCGAGCCGGCAAACCUUCCGAUUUUCAGUCGCUUGGAAGCGAGCAGAUCUGAACCAAUGGCUCUGGGAUCUCCAACGUCUCCUAAGCCUGGUGGAGGGGCCCAGUUUCUACCUAGUUUCUUGAUGGGAGAUUUACCAUCUCCAGUCACUCCUCAAGCACGUAACUUUGGCGGCACCUUAGCUAGUAUAACGGAUAUACGAACUCCAUUUGGAGGGGGUACACCUCCCCAACCAGUUGUACCCACUCCUAAAGAUAAGUGUGGAGCUCCACCGGUCCGAAGUCUAUUUGACGAUUUAGGAACUUCAAGAGCUAGGCUCACAUCCUUAAAUUCACAUCAGCUGGGAAAUGUUUCAAGCCUCCAAAGUCCUUUGUGUGGGAGUAAUUUAUCAACACCUGGAUCAGGUGGUAAUGUAUUUACGCCAACCACGAUUGGCCAGCACAGAAAGUCCACACUUUCUCCUGCACAAGCAGACCCUUUCUAUACUCAAGGAGAAUCUCUCACUUCAGAUGAUCAUUUAGAUGAAACUUGGAUUACAGUUUUUGGGUUUCCUCCAGCAUCUGCUUCAUACAUCCUCCUACAAUUUGCACAAUAUGGAAAUAUCUUAAAGCAUGUGAUGUCAAACAAUGGAAAUUGGAUGCACAUUCAGUAUCAGUCUAAACUGCAGGCCAGAAAAGCAUUAAGUAAAGAUGGGAAGAUUUUUGGCGAGUCCAUCAUGGUUGGAGUGAAACCAUGUAUUGAUAAGAGUGUUAUGGAGACAAUUGAUGGAAGUGGUGGAUCUGUCUACUCUGUCUUCACUCCUCCUAUCAACACCAUGAGUAUAGCUGCCCAGUCACCAAGUACGCCAAAAACUACUGCAAUGAGGCCUUUGGCUGCUGCAUACAAAGCUUCUAGUAGUGACUAUCAGGUGGUUUCAGACAGACAGACUCCUAGAAAAGAUGAAAGUCUUGUUUCCAAAGCCAUGGAGUACAUGUUUGGUUGGUAGUUCUGCUGAAUUUAAAGAACCUUGAAAAGAGAUCCCUUUCAAGUUUAAUGGACAGUUGCUGAUCAACUCUUACUUAUGUGCAAUUAUGGACACCACUUUAUUAACAAGGAAAACCCCAGCACUAAUACAGUAUGGUUAGUUGUAUGACCACUGUUAUUAGUACAAGGACAUUCAUGUCUUGCUUCUGACCAGACACCCUGUAAAUAGUUUGCACUUUAGGGUUUGACCACGUACGAGUUUGCAAAAAGUGUGAUUAAAUGGAGGUUUUCCAGAUAAAAUCUGCAUUGUGUACAAAAUGUCCAGUUGUUGCCUUUUUAAUUUUUUGGUGCAUGCAUUUCCCUGAUAAGAGAAUCUUGACUGGGGUUGGUGGUAUACUUUUCUGAUCAUGUACAUUAUUAUUUACCUUCUCAAGUAAAUGCACAUGAUCUUUCUACAUGCUGGAAAAAUCCAAGACCAUGACAUUGAAUUUGUCUUCUUUUAUAUUGAACUGAAAAUGUUAUGUUAUCACACAAAAUGAUGAUAAUUUGAUUUAUCUUUUACUAGUGAAUGCCAAAAAAUUCCAGGUUUUAAUUAUUAUUGCAUAUUCCUAAGUGUUGCUAGUAUUUUUUUUGGGUAUUCAUUGUUUUGUAAACCUUUUUUAGAAGACAUAUUUUUCAAAAGUCAAAUUGUUGUAUGAUACAGCUGGAUUCUCAAACAGUUACAGCAAUAAAAUUUAUGGAUGAGACCAUUUUGAUUUAGUAGAUUUUAUAAAUUGUGUAUAUUUAUAAAAUGGUUAAUUCUGUAUAUUUAAAAAAUCUUGGAAAGCAUUGUCCAGUUGCAGUCAACAAACUAAAAUAACACACAUCUAAAAUGGUGUCUUGGAAAUGUAGUAGUUUUCAAAUAAAGGUUGGAUACUUCUAAGUCGCUAGUGACAUGAAGUCAUGUUUCAUUGUUAAUUAAGUAGGACCAAUUUAAUUUCAGUGUUUCACUGCAAACAUUUAGCCACAAAGGGAUUUACAUAGUCCCAAAUCUUUGCCGAAGGAAUGACAGCAUGCCUGAAAGCCUGCAUUCGUAAGAUGGAAUAUCUUUGUGCAUAUUUUCAGUACCGAGUUACACAAUUUUACUGUGAUUUGUAAUGAAGC